ACUGUAGCGAACGUGCUGCGGCGCCGGUCGAACAGAGAAGGCCGCUUUGGCUGUUCCUUAUUUUGGCCGCCAACUAGAAAGCAAACGCGUUCUCGAAAGCGGAAAGCUCCAACGACCCCUCUUCCCACCGGCAUGGCAGUCCCAGGUUGCAAUAAGGACAGUGUCAGAGCAGGCUGUAAAAAAUGUGGCUACCCUGGUCACCUGACUUUUGAAUGCCGCAAUUUUCUCCGAGUAGACCCCAAAAGGGACAUAGUUUUAGAUGUCAGCAGUACAAGCAGUGAAGAUAGUGAUGAAGAGAAUGAAGAACUGAAUAAAUUGCAGGCAUUACAGGAAAAACGAAUAAAUGAAGAAGAGGAGAAGAAAAAAGAAAAAAGCAAAGAGAAAAUCAAAUUGAAAAAAAAAAGGAAAAGGUCUUAUUCAUCUGGUUCCACUGAAGAGGAUGCUUCAAAACAGAAGAAACAAAAAUGUCAGAAGAAAGAAAAGAAAAAAGAAAAAAAGAGUAAAUCAAAAAAAGGGAAGCAUCACAAAAAGGAAAAAAAGAAGAGAAAAAAGGAAAAGCAUUCUUCCAUCUCUAGUAGUUCUGAAUUCUCCAAAAAGUAACUGAGACUUUGGCUUAAGCCAUUACAUUUAAAAAUUCAUUUUUAAAAAUUGUUUUCCCUUCCUUGGAAUUUGCUAUAUAUUAUGCUUUGCAAUAAAUCAUAGCCUUUUCCAUAAAGACAUUUUUUAGAUGUGGGACCAUUAUCCCUCUGGCAGUAUAUUUUUAAUGUGCUAUGACUAUCUAGUAUUAAAUCAGUCUUGUUACUUGAUAGCCAUACCCCAAGUAUAGCUAUUUGUACAUACUAAACACAUGUGUGUCUUUGUAUGUUUGGCUACUGUUGUUACUUCAUAAGUUGAUUGUAAAAUGACUUCACUACAGUCAACACAGGUAAUCUGGGUAAUCUACCUAGCAUAGUUAAUGACUAUUGCUGAAUCAGGUGACCACCUUCCAGUGAUGAAGCUAGUAGGGGGUAAUGUUUUGCUCUUGACACUGAAAAUUUAAUAGCUUUAUAUACUAAGAUGUAAUGUAUAAAGAUAGUGAAAUUCUUCACUGUUCUUAAAUCUUAGACUUUUAAAAAAUAUAUCACAGAAGAUGAAGCUGCUUAAUGGUCUCAACUAGGACUUUUUUAAUGAAUGGUAUCUGCAGAAUGAUGAUGAUUAAAAUAUUUAUAACAAAACUUCACUGUUUUAUGACGUACAGAGUUUCUAGUACCUGCCUCCUUGUUUUUGUAACAACUAAGUACUUCUUCCUUGUUUAAAGAGACAGGUUUAGUUCAGCCUGUUAGUAAGUCUCGCAAAGAUGAUGCCGUGUUGGUCAGGAUUUUUAGGAUAGACUCCUGGGUUGUUUUACAAAUGUGCCAUAUUGGCAUGUAUUAAGUGAUACCUCAGACUCAGAAAUUUUUAUUUAGGAAGACAGCUAAAUCUUCAUUAGAACUGAUUUUUAUCGUAUUCUAUAUGUAAACUUUAUGAUGCUUGUUUCUAUGAGUAAUUUGGAAAUUUUUAUAAAUGUGGGCAUAUAUAUUAGCUUUGUCUGAAAUAAUUUGUAGUUUUAAAGCAAAUUUUACACUGAACUUAUGGUUUUGUAAAUGACCAGUUUGGAAUGUUUCUGUAUUUUACUUUAGUCACAAACCUCAGGAGUA